AUGUUGAAGAUCUGGUCUAUGGUACGUUUCACGUCGGCCAGCGGCCAAAAGAAGAAGAAGGUGACUGCUGCUCAACUGCGAGUGCAAAAAGAUUUAUCUGAGCUCUCACUUGGUACCACGAUGCGCACAGAAUUUCCCAACCCCGACGACAUCCUCAACUUUACCUUGACCAUCGAGCCUGAUGAGGGCAUGUACAAAGACGGCUGUUUCCACUUCAGUUUCGCGAUCAAUCAAAACUUUCCACAUGAUCCGCCUAAGGUCAAAUGCUUGGAGAAGAUCUACCACCCCAAUAUCGAUCUAGAGGGCAAUGUUUGCCUGAACAUUCUGCGGGAGGAUUGGAAGCCCGUUCUUAACCUGAAUGCCGUCAUUGUUGGCUUACAGUUCUUAUUCCUCGAGCCUAAUGCGUCAGAUCCACUGAAUAAGGAAGCAGCCGAAGACCUGCGAGCCAAUAGAGACGCAUUCAAGAGGAACGUACGAAAGUCCAUGGCCGGAGAUUCUGUACGAGGAGAGUCAUACCAACGGGUGUUGAAGUAA